AUCAAUAAUUUGGAUUAGUAGCUGUAUGUAGCUCGCCACCUUAAUUUUUUGGUUGGCACUGGACGAGCAGUCAAAACAAAUUGGGCCAUAAAAAGACACGGAAAUGUAUUAUAAAAGUGUUAAGAGUGAAUAAAACUUCCCCAUCCUCGGCCCACAAUUCCCUUAAAAACAACUAAGAAAGCUCCAAAAAAGAAUGUUCCAUGCAAUAUUCAAUAGUUCAGUGUAAAACCAACAAUUAAAAUCCACAAAUUGUUUGUACAGUAGUGUUGAGCCAGGCAUUUAAAUAAUUCCCUGAGCAUCAGAAAACAACAACGACAACAACAGCGUUCAACGCGUGCCCCAACAAUAUGGCGGCACGACGUUGCUCGUUGAUGCGCCCUGGGCGAGGGCUCCAACAGAGGCAGCGGAACGCGUUUUGGUGGCUCGCAUCAGGCGUUGAUUUCGCAACGUUUACAGUGCGUGCCGGAAUAGUGUGGAUGGCGACUGUCAUCUUGCUCAUAGGACAGUUGGGGGCAGAUCAUGCGGCCAGUUACGAAGGUCUCAGAGCGGAAAAUGCGGCACGCAUGCUGGCCGGAAGUCCCGACGAUGUGGAAUCCACACACCAUCCCGCUGUGGUCGGUAGUAGUGACAUGUCACUGGUCCUGCCUCACGACACCUAUCCAGGCUUCAGCAUUAAGAAAUUCAGGACGCACCCGCUGCGUAUGUCAAACGGCACAUAUAGUGCUGUUGGCGGAGUCGCAGCCUAUCACAUGCUGGAUAGCGACUACUCGAAGUACUUUACAGUGCUGGAUGAUGGGGUUGUGAUGACCACAGCUGACAUAUCGCCGCUGGUCAAUCGACCCGUGCAGCUGGUCGUGGUGGAACAGACUCCCAAUGCGACCAACACUCAUAACCUGCAGCUCUUCAUCAUGCAUCGGAAGGACAUGCUGCGUUUUUCGGGCUCGCUGCUGGACGCCAGCGGCGAGGUACGAGAAAACCGGCCGGCGGGCACCCGCGUGCGUGGCGUCCCAUUGAUGCAGGCCUUUAGUGGCUCCAUUCUGGACGAGGAGCUAGCCACGCCCAAGAAGGUGCGCUACACCAUCAUCGAUGGCAAUGUGGACGACGCUUUUGCGCUGCAGGCCCGUAAGGCUAAUCAGAAUACGCAGCCGAAUGCCCAGUCCCUGGUUAUCGAUGGGGACGAUGAGUCAGGCGUGUGGCUGGUGACCAAUCGGCCGUUGGAUCGGGAGAAACGCGCCCACUAUGAUCUCUCUGUGGAGGCAUCCGAUGUGGAUGGCCUGGACAAGACAGUGUCAAAAAUUCAGAUCACGGUGCUGGAUGAGAACGACAAUCGGCCGGUGUUUAAGUCUUUGGACUAUAAGUUCGCAAUUGCCGGCCAGAAGGCGCCAAACUUCGAGGGCAAUAGCAGUGUGACGUGGCAACGUUUUGCCAUACUAGGCAAGGUGGAGGCCACCGACGCUGAUGGAGACAAAAUUGCCUAUCGCCUGAAGGCGCCCAGCAACGUGGUCAUCAUUGUGCCGCAGACGGGUGAGCUGAUGUUGGCGGGUGAGCCCACGUCCAGCGAACUGCUGUUGGAGGUGAUUGCCCAUGACCUACGAUAUCCGAGCCUGCUGAGUGCUACGCCCGCCAAAGUGCUGCUCGAGUUUCUGUCUCCCGAGCCCGUUUCCUUUGUCAUGCAGCAUCUGGAGCACGAUGAGAUAAAUGCUCACUCGCAUCAUCGCGAAAAACGUCGCGUGACACGAGCUGUGCGACCCACCAAGCGCAUUGAAUUUACCGAAGCCGACGGCGAUACCGAGGGUAAAUCGGUGUUCCAGCUGGAGAAGGAGACGGACAAGGAGACAUUCAAGAUACGCGACGAUAAUCCCUGGGUCACGGUGGAAACGAAUGGUGCCGUGCGCGUAAAGAAGAAGUGGGACUAUGAGGAGCUCGGUCCAGAGAAAACCAUCGACUUUUGGGUCAUCAUCACGAAUAUGGGACACAAUGCUGGAAUCAAGUACACGGACAACCAGCGUGUCAUCAUAUUGGUCAAGGAUGUGAACGACGAGCCCCCCUACUUUAUAAACCGCCCGCUGCCUAUGCAAGCGGUGGUGCAGUUGAACGCGCCACCCAAUACGCCCGUCUUCACGCUUCAGGCCCGCGAUCCGGACACGGAUCACAACAUACAUUACUUCAUAGUACGCGAUCGAACGGGUGGGCGCUUCGAGGUCGACGAACGCUCAGGAGUGGUGCGCACGCGCGGCACAGAUCUCUUCCAGCUGGACAUGGAAUAUGUUCUGUAUGUGAAGGCCGAGGAUCAGAACGGCAAGGUCGACGACCGUCGCUAUCAGAGCACGCCCGAGGAGCGGCUGUCCAUUGUGGGUGGCAAGCGAGCUCCACAGUUCUACAUGCCCAGCUACGAGGCCGAGAUACCCGAGAAUCAGAAAAAGGACUCCGACAUCAUCUCGGUGAAAGCCAAGUCCUUUGCGGACCGUGAGAUACGCUACACACUCAAGGCGCAGGGCCAGGGUGCUGGUACUUUCAACAUCGGACCCUCGUCGGGCAUUGUCAAGCUGGCCAAGGAGCUAGAUUUUGAGGACUUGCGACAGCCGCACGUCUACUCACUGAUUGUGACGGCCACCGAGGACUCGGGUGGCUUCUCAACAUCCGUCGAGCUCACCAUACGCGUGACCGACGUCAACGACAAUGCGCCCAAGUUCGAGCUGCCCGACUAUCAGGCCCACAAUGUGGACGAGGACAUGCCGCUGGGCACGAGCAUUCUGCGCGUCAAGGCCAUGGAUGCGGAUUCGGGCGCCAAUGCCGAGAUCGAAUAUUUGGUCUCCGACGAUCACUUUGCAGUCGACUCGAAUGGCAUUAUUGUGAACAACAAACAGCUGGAUGCGGACAACAACAAUGCCUACUACGAGUUCAUAGUCACGGCUAAGGAUAAGGGGGAUCCACCAAAAUCGGGCACCGCCACCGUGCGCGUCUACACCAAGAACAAGAACGAUGAGGAGCCCAAGUUCUCUCAGCAGGUCUAUACGCCGAAUGUGGACGAGAAUGCCGGACCUAACACACUGGUCACCACUGUUGUGGCUUCCGACAAGGACGGCGACAAUGUGCGUUUUGGUUUCGUCGGUGGCGGCACCUCCUCGGGCCAGUUUGUCAUCGAGGACAUCACUGGUGUCAUUCGGCUGCACAACAAGGCCAUCUCCCUGGAUCGCGACAAGUACGAGCUGAACGUGACGGCCAUGGACGAUGGCUCCUGCUGCGUCAAUGGCGAUCAGACCAUACAUACCUCCACGGCCGUAGUGGUUGUUUUCAUCACGGACGUCAACGACAACAAGCCCGUGUUCAAGGACUGCGGCACCUACUAUCCCAAGGUGGAGGAGGGCGCGCCCAACGGCAGCCCAGUGAUUAAGGUGGUGGCCACCGAUGAGGACAAGGGUGUCAACGGACAGGUCAAAUACUCUAUUGUCCAACAACCCAAUCAGAAGGGCACCAAAUUCACUGUCGACGAGGAGACCGGCGAAGUCUCGACCAACAAAGUGUUCGACCGCGAGGGCGACGAUGGAAAAUUCGUCUCGGUCACCGUCAAGGCUACAGAUCAGGGUGAUCCCAGUCUGGAGGGCGUGUGCUCCUUUACUGUGGAAAUCACAGAUGUCAACGACAAUCCGCCACUAUUCGAUCGUCAGAAAUAUGUGGAGAAUGUGAAACAGGACGCCAGCAUUGGAACAAAUAUUCUGCGCGUCUCGGCCUCAGACGAGGAUGCCGAUAACAAUGGCGCCAUUGUCUAUAGCCUGAGCGCCCCAUUCAAUCCCAACGACUUGGAAUACUUCGACAUACAAGCAGAGUCCGGCUGGAUUGUGCUCAAGAAGCCGCUUGACCGCGAUCGCUACCGCUUACGAGUCCGAGCCUCGGAUCGCGGUGAUCCGCCCUCGUAUGCCGACGUUGAUGUCGAGCUAGAUGUCGUCGAUCGCAAUAACAAACCGCCUAUUUGGGAUAAGAAUGUCUAUGGUCCAAUAAAUAUACGCGAGAAUGUAACUGUGGGUACGGUUGUAACAUCGGUUAAGGCAAGUUCGGGCAUUGAAGGCAAUCCGACGGUAUUCUAUCGGCUUAUGCCCGGGUCCACGGCUCAGACCAACAAAUUCCACACCUUCUAUCUGCAACAGAGACCAGACAAUGGCGACACAUGGGCCGACAUAAAGGUCAAUCAUCCGCUGGACUAUGAGAGCAUCAAGGAGUACAAUCUUACGAUCCGUGUGGAGAACAACGGCGCCCAGCAAUUGGCAUCGGAAGCGACCGUUUACAUAAUGCUCGAGGAUGUUAAUGACGAAAUACCGUUGUUCACCGAACGCGAACAGGAAACGGUGCUGGAGGGCGAACCGAUUGGCACAAAAGUGACACAAGUGAAUGCCAUUGACAAGGAUGGCACAUUCCCAAAUAAUCAGGUCUAUUACUAUAUCGUGGACUCGCCACGCAACGAGGGCAAGGAAUUUUUUGAAAUUAAUUUGCAAAGCGGCGAAAUCUUCACCAAAACCGUAUUCGACAGAGAGAAGAAGGGCGCCUACGCCCUGGAGGUGGAGGCGCGGGACGGUGCGCCGUCUGCCCGACCCAACAGCAAUGGACCCAAUUCAGUGACGAAAUUCAUACGCAUUGGCAUUGCCGAUAAAAACGAUAAUCCGCCCUAUUUCGACAAAUCGCUCUAUGAAGCGGAAGUGGAUGAGAACGAGGAUAUACAGCAUACAGUGCUUACAGUCACAGCCAAGGAUCAUGAUGAGUCCUCACGUAUACGCUAUGAAAUUACCAGCGGCAACAUCGGCGGCGCUUUCGCGGUUAAAAAUAUGACGGGUGCCAUCUAUGUAGCGGGAGCCUUGGAUUAUGAGACGCGACGCAGGUAUGAACUGCGUCUGGCCGCCUCCGAUAAUCUCAAGGAGAACUACACCACUGUAAUUAUACAUGUCAAGGACGUGAACGACAAUCCGCCGGUGUUCGAGCGUCCCACAUAUCGUACGCAAAUCACAGAAGAGGACGAUCGCAAUUUGCCCAAGCGCGUCUUGCAGGUCACAGCCACGGAUGGCGAUAAGGAUCGGCCACAGAAUAUUGUAUAUUUCCUGACUGGUCAAGGCAUUGAUCCUGAUAAUCCGGCCAAUAGCAAAUUCGAUAUAAAUCGCACAACCGGCGAAAUAUUCGUGCUUAAGCCUUUGGAUCGCGAUCAGCCCAAUGGGCGGCCACAAUGGCGCUUCACUGUUUUCGCACAGGACGAGGGCGGCGAAGGACUUGUUGGCUAUGCGGAUGUGCAGGUCAACCUCAAGGACAUUAACGACAAUGCGCCCAUUUUCCCGCAGGGCGUCUACUUCGGCAACGUGACUGAGAAUGGAACUGCCGGAAUGGUAGUCAUGACCAUGACUGCCGUGGACUACGACGAUCCCAACGAAGGAUCGAAUGCGCGCCUUGUCUACUCAAUUGAGAAGAACGUGAUCGAGGAGGAGACUGGUUCACCAAUUUUCGAAAUCGAGCCGGACACCGGAGUGAUAAAGACCGCUGUCUGCUGUUUGGAUCGUGAACGCACGCCCGACUAUUCCAUACAAGUAGUGGCAAUGGAUGGCGGGGGGUUAAAGGGUACUGGCACGGCCUCUAUACGUGUCAAGGAUAUAAACGACAUGCCCCCGCAGUUUACAAAAGAUGAGUGGUUCACUGAGGUGGACGAAACGGAUGGCACAGCACUGCCAGAGAUGCCUAUCCUCACAGUCACUGUGCACGACGAGGACGAGACUAACAAGUUCCAGUACAAAGUGAUCGAUAACAGCGGCUAUGGUGCCGAUAAGUUCACCAUGGUGCGCAAUAAUGAUGGCACCGGUUCCCUGAAAAUUGUGCAACCGCUUGACUACGAGGAUCAGUUGCAGAGCAAUGGAUUCCGUUUUCGUAUACAGGUGAACGACAAGGGCGAGGACAAUGACAAUGAUAAGUACCACGUGGCCUACUCAUGGGUCGUGGUCAAGCUGCGCGACAUUAACGACAAUAAACCCCACUUCGAGCGAGCCAACGUGGAGGUUUCCGUGUUCGAAGACACCAAGGUUGGCACCGAGCUGGAGAAGUUCAAGGCCACCGAUCCUGAUCAGGGUGGCAAGAGCAAGGUGUCCUAUUCCAUAGAUCGAUCCUCGGAUCGUCAGCGUCAGUUUGCCAUCAAUCAGAAUGGUUCAGUGACUAUACAACGGUCCCUGGAUCGCGAGGUGGUACCCCGGCAUCAGGUCAAGAUCUUAGCCAUAGAUGAUGGCUCACCGCCAAAGACGGCAACCGCAACGUUGACGGUAAUUGUGCAGGAUAUCAACGACAACGCGCCCAAAUUCCUCAAGGACUAUCGCCCUGUAUUACCGGAGCAUGUACCGCCACGCAAAGUGGUCGAAAUAUUGGCCACAGACGAUGACGAUCGUUCAAAGAGCAAUGGACCACCAUUCCAGUUCCGCUUGGAUCCCAGUGCUGAUGACAUUAUUCGCGCAUCCUUCAAGGUGGAACAGGACCAGAAGGGUGCUAAUGGUGAUGGUAUGGCUGUGAUUUCGUCACUGCGCUCCUUUGAUCGCGAACAGCAAAAGGAGUACAUGAUACCCAUUGUGAUCAAGGAUCAUGGCUCACCCGCAAUGACCGGCACCAGCACACUGACUGUUAUCAUUGGCGAUGUGAACGACAACAAAAUGCAGCCAGGCUCCAAAGAAAUAUUUGUGUACAAUUAUCAGGGCCAGGCCCCGGACACACAAAUUGGACGAGUUUAUGUCUACGAUCUGGACGACUGGGAUCUCCCCGACAAGAAGUUCUAUUGGGAGGCGCAAGAGCAUCCGCGCUUCAAGCUCGACGAGGACUCGGGCAUGGUAAUCAUGCGAACGGGCACCAGGGAGGGUCGUUACCAUCUACGUUUCAAGGUGUACGAUCGCAAGCACACACAGACCGAUGUGCCGGCUAAUAUCACCGUGACAGUGCGCGAGAUUCCGCACGAAGCGGUCAUCAACUCGGGCUCUGUGCGGCUAUCGGGCAUCUCCGACGAGGACUUUAUUCGCGUCUGGAACUAUCGUACCCAGAGUCUUAGUCGCUCCAAGCUGGAUCGCUUCCGCGAUAAGCUAGCCGAUCUGCUUAACACCGAACGUGAAAACGUGGACAUCUUUAGUGUGCAGCUGAAACGGCGGCAUCCUCCGCUUACGGAUGUUCGCUUCUCCGCCCAUGGAUCGCCAUAUUACAAGCCGGUACGACUUAACGGCAUUGUGCUAAUGCAUCGAGAGGAAAUCGAAAAGGAUGUGGGCAUCAACAUAACGAUGGUAGGCAUCGAUGAGUGUCUGUACGAGAACCAAAUGUGCGAAGGAAGCUGCACCAAUUCCCUUGAGAUAAGUCCACUGCCAUAUAUGGUCAACGCCAACAAAACGGCGCUGGUGGGUGUGCGGGUCGACACAUUGGCAGACUGCACAUGCCGCGCUCGAAACUUCUCGAAGCCGGAGUCUUGCCGCACUACCCCCUGCCACAACGGCGGUCGCUGUGUGGACACUCGAUUCGGACCACAUUGUUCCUGUCCCGUGGGCUACACAGGUCCGCGUUGUCAACAAACCACGCGUAGUUUCCGCGGUAACGGAUGGGCGUGGUAUCCACCCCUGGAUAUGUGCGACGAUUCACAUCUCAGCCUGGAGUUCAUCACGCGCAAACCAGAUGGCCUUAUUAUCUAUAAUGGACCUAUUGUUCCCCCAGAACGUGAUGAGAUGCUAAUAUCGGACUUUAUAGCUUUGGAACUGGAGCGAGGCUAUCCGCGACUGCUCAUUGAUUUCGGGUCGGGCACAUUGGAGUUGCGCGUUAAAACAAAGAAGACACUGGACGAUGGCGAAUGGCAUCGCAUCGAUCUAUUCUGGAACACUGAGACCGUGCGCAUGGUUGUGGACUUCUGCAGGUCCGCGGAUAUAAGCGAAAUGGAGGAUGGCACGCCGCCCGAAUUCGAUGACAUGUCGUGCCAGGCGCGUGGUCAGAUACCAGCCUUUAAUGAGUACCUGAACGUGAACGCACCUCUGCAGGUGGGCGGUCUCUAUCGCGAGCAGUUUGACCAGUCGCUCUACCUGUGGCACUACAUGCCCACAGCUAAGGGCUUCGAUGGCUGCAUAAGGAAUCUGGUGCACAAUUCCAAGCUAUACGAUUUGGCCCAUCCGGGACUAUCGCGUAACAGUGUCGCUGGUUGUCCCCAGACGGAGGAAGUCUGCGCCCAGACAGAGGCCACGGCUCGUUGUUGGGAGCACGGCAACUGUGUAGGCUCACUCUCAGAGGCACGUUGUCACUGCAGACCCGGCUGGACGGGUCCGGCUUGCAACAUCCCUACCAUUCCGACAACGUUCAAGGCACAAAGCUAUGUGAAAUAUGCGCUCAGUUUCGAACCUGAUCGUUUCAGCACUCAGGUGCAGUUGCGGUUCCGCACGCGUGAACAGCACGGCGAAUUGUUCCGCGUGAGCGAUCAGCACAAUCGAGAAUACGGCAUUCUGGAGAUCAAGGACGCACGUCUACACUUCCGCUACAACCUGAACUCACUACGCACGGAGGAGAAAGAUUUGUGGCUCAAUUCCGUGGCCGUUGACGACGGUCAGUGGCAUGUUGUGCGCAUUAACCGCUAUGGUUCGGCGGCCACCUUAGAGCUUGACGGCGGAGAGGGCCGUCGCUACAACGAAACCUUCGAGUUUGUUGGUCACCAGUGGUUGCUGGUGGACAAGCAGGAGGGUGUUUAUGCGGGCGGCAAGGCAGAGUACACAGGUGUACGCACGUUCGAAGUGUAUGCGGACUAUCAAAAGAGCUGCUUGGAUGACAUACGUCUGGAGGGCAAGCACUUGCCAUUGCCACCGGCCAUGAAUGGCACACAGUGGGGCCAGGCCACUAUGGCACGUAAUCUGGAGAAGAACUGCCCUUCGAAUAAACCCUGCUCCAAUGUCAUAUGUCCGGAUCCGUUUGAAUGCGUAGAUCUGUGGAACGAAUACGAGUGCACUUGCGGCGAGGGACGCAUCAUGUCGGCUGAUGCCAAGGGCUGCAUGGAUCGCAACGAGUGCCUCGAUUUACCCUGCCUGAAUGGUGCCACUUGCAUAAAUCUCGAACCGCGUCUACGCUACCGUUGCAUCUGCCCCGACGGCUUCUGGGGCGAGAAUUGUGAGCUGGUGCAGGAGGGUCAGACCCUAAAGCUGAGCAUGGGCGCGUUAGCGGCGAUUUUAGUCUGUCUGCUGAUUAUACUGAUACUCGUACUGGUCUUUGUGGUCUACAAUCGAAGACGCGAAGCGCAUAUAAAGUAUCCUGGACCCGAUGAUGAUGUGCGCGAGAAUAUUAUCAACUAUGACGAUGAGGGUGGCGGCGAAGACGACAUGACCGCAUUUGAUAUAACGCCCCUGCAGAUACCAAUCGGUGGUCCCAUGCCACCGGAACUACAACCCAUGAAAAUGCCCAUUAUGUACCCCGUAAUGACGCUAAUGCCUGGGCAAGAGCCGAAUGUUGGCAUGUUCAUUGAGGAGCAUAAAAAGCGUGCCGAUGGAGAUCCAAAUGCUCCGCCCUUCGAUGAUUUGCGCAACUAUGCGUACGAGGGUGGUGGCAGUACUGCCGGUUCACUAAGCUCCUUGGCUUCAGGCACAGAUGAUGAGCAACAAGAGUACGACUACCUCGGCCAGUGGGGGCCACGCUUUGACAAGCUGGCCAAUAUGUAUGGACCUGAGGCGCCUAAUCAUAAUACCGAACUAGAAUUGUAAGUUAAGAGAAGGCGGAAACUAAACCAAAAACGUUUGGCGGCAAAAAACGAAAACAAAUCAGUUAAGUAGCCAUAAUGUUGCAUUUAAACUCCACAAUACAAACAAAACAAAAACAACAAAACAAAGGAAGAACAUCCACACAAGACAUACAGAGUUGGUCCUGCAACCUGUAUACACAAAAAGGCGCAACCAAAGAAGCGGGAAGCGUUGGCAAACCCUUAAGUUAGCGAGAUUAUGAAACGAUGAAACGAAAAACUAAAAUCAAACACAUAUUAUGACACGAAAAUGACAUUUGUAAAAAAACUUCAUCAGCAUUUAUAUUUAACAACCUAUGAUAAUUAAUUUAUAAUGGAACGCAAGUCCUGCGUUCAUUUUUGGAGCAUUUUUUCGGAGCGUGAAGCUUUAGCAUAGGCGAGAUAGAGAAAGAGAGAGAGAGCGCGAAAGAGCGAAAGAGAGAAAGCAUACCAAAGUUUAGUUUAGGUGCGUGCAUGAGUUAAAAAAUCAUAAUUUUCCAUUUAUACGUAUUAGUUAUAUGUAUGAGUUACUUAUGUAUGAGAUGCGAAUGAUAUACAAUAUAUAUAUUUUUGUGCAUAUUAUUUUAAGUUUGCGAAAACUGUAAUUAUUAUUUUAAGUUCGGAUUUAUAUUUCUUCGUUAUUUGUCGUCUUUAAUUUCGAAUGAAAAUAAAAUGAUGAAGCAAACAAGUCAUCUAGCAUGUAGGUCAUAAAAAAUUCGCAAACUUUAUGAGCAUAACUUUAUUUUCAUUUAUUAGUUUUUAUACAAACUUUUUAACAUUAAAGAUUAAUCAUAAUUAAACUUUAUAAAAAUGAAUACCCAAAGACUGUUUUCGUUCCAUCAUAAAAGUAUAUACACGAAAAACAAACACAAAUAUAUAAAAUUAAAGUUUUAAAGCCGAUGAUGUAGGCGCUCGAGUGCGUCAGUUGUGUAUCAUUAACUUUAACGACACUCCAAGAAGAAUUUUAAAACGCAAGUGCUACCACCACCAGCAGCAGCAGCAGCAACAACAGCAGUUUCUUUGACAACAGCAACAACAACAGAAUACUCCUAAAAUAUAUUCUAAAAUAAACAUCAAGCUAAUUCUUACACAAAACGCUAAGGCGAAACUAGCUAACUUGCAUAUACACUGCAUUAAGUAAAAGGAAAAUGAAAUUACCUUUAGAUGAACUUAGCGCAAUUGAUAUGAUAAUGAAGGAUUACCUUAAAUGGGGAAAAAUAUAUAUAUAUAUAUAUAAAUAAAAAAUGAAAUGAAACGUAUUUUACAUUGUAUAUAUUAUUAGUUUUAGCACGUAAAACCAAAACGAAAAAGAACAAACAGCAAGUAAUUAAAGCAUAUUAAAUUGGUAGCAAAAACCCAAUGUCUUAUUAAGUCAUUUAAACUAGAAAUUAAACGAAAAAUACUAAAAUAUGGCAAACACAAGAACACAUCUCAUAUGAAAAACAAAUAAACGUGAAAUACAAACACACCAGCCAACUGCAUUUAAACAACUUUUUCCACGCGACAGAACAUGAACAAAUUUGUUUACCAACUUUAUUUUUUCAGUGUUAUGUAAAUCGAAUGGGGCUUGCAACUUUUAGGGGCGGCCAACACAUAGCCAUUAGUUUAGCCACAGUUAUGAGUGCAAUUUAAAAUAAUAGCCAACAGUUUUAUUGUUAAUUUGUUGCAUAAAACCGCACCCACACACACACACACACAAAUACACACUAACACCCACACACACACACAUACGCAAUAGUUAUAUAAAUAAGGUCGAGUUGUAUGCUGCUCUACAAUAAAACGAUAAUUGAAGGUAAUUUUUUAUCGAAGUUCAUCAAGUCAUCCACAAAUACUAUAUAUACAUAUAGACCGACGAAUGAAUUGUAAGUAAAUAGAAAUCAUAGGGUUUUCCAUUGCCUAAACAUAUACAAAUAUAUAUACUUAUACAGAUA